AUGGGUGAUCCGCAGCCGCGCCUUCCGUUGCGCUGUCCGGUGGAGAUGGCGGACGACGACAGCGGGUAUGGAUCUUCCUCCUCCUUUAGUUGCUUAGUGAAUGAUUGUGAGAACGCUCUUAAAGUUGAAGGAUUCAGUUCCACAGACAGUAGUGGUAGAAAAGCAUACACAAAAGGACGCGUGAUUAAGUGGGAUGUUGAAGUAGGUUCUUUUUCUUUCGAUUUGCUGAUGAAUAGCCUGCGCAAUGAGUUCCAGUGGUCCAGUAGUCAGUCUGCUAGUGUAUGGUUCUAUGACAAAAGGAUGGGGGAAGAUGUCAAGCUAGAGAAUGAUUUGCAGAUGCAUGACAUAUUCGAAAUGUAUAAGGAUCAGAUGCAAUGCGACUUUAUUGUUGGGGUUUUUGACAGUUGUCAUAGACAGGCUUAUGAGUUUGAUGCUUUAGAGCCACUUUGUGUGAUCCCACCUGUUUAUUUUGGUGAUGAUAACCCUGAUCAGAUCCCACCCAAUAGCAAAGACAUGCCAGCUGGACUUGGUAAUGAUGCUGCCGAUCCUAUUGACCAUAAUUCUGGGGAGGCAGAAUUUUUACCAAUAGAUCCAGAUCCUGAGCUUGAGGCUGAUAGGGAGCCUGAUAUCUUUGACAAUGGUGAGGAGUAUGUUGGAGUUGAUGAUGAGGUUCAGUUCAUGCCUGUACCAUCUCCUCAGGCAGCUAACAAUUCAGCCCCAGAAUCAUCUAACAAUGCUGAAUAUCCUUCUUUUCAUGAUGCUGAUGAAUUUGAUGGGGUUCCCAAUGCUGAAGGAGAAACUCCUCCUAAGGCAGAGGUAAAUGAUGCAGAUCCAGAGGAGGUUCAGGUUAUCCAUGAUCCAGAAAACCCCAAGAUAGAAGUGGGAGAAAGGUUUCCUGAUAUUGUUGCAUUUAGGAAGGCAGUUAGGCAUUAUGCAGUUCUGACAGGGUUUGAGUUUGCCAAAGUCAUCACAGACCAGACUAGGUUCAUUGCCAAGUGUAAAGCUGAAGGAUGUCCUUGGCGCAUACAUGCUUCAAGAAUCUCUCAUGGCAAGACAAUAGAGAUCAAAGUAUUGCCUGCAAAGCACAAUUGUCCAACUACUAAACUGAGAGAAGGGAGAAUGGCAACACAAGGCUGGUGUGCAGAUAGGUUGGGGGAUUGGCUGAAGAGAAAUCCAACUAAAGGUCCAAAGGAUUGUAAGGAAAAAUUAGAGGGGGAUUAUGGUAUCAAGCUCAAGUACUCCAAAGCAUGGUCAGGCAUGAAGGUAGCACUAGAGCAGAUCCAUGGAAAGUAUGAGGAGAAGGGGUGCAGACCAUUUAUAGGUGUUGAUGCAUCCAAUUUGUAUGGCAAGUACAGAGGACAGUUGGCAUCCGCAACUGGUGUAGAUGGCCACAAUUGGCUGUAUCACAUUGCAUAUGCUCAAGUGAAGAAGUUCAAAGGGUUGCUAUUGCAUGAACUAGUAGACAAGCUGAGGGAGCUCAUAAUGGAAAAGAGAUACUUGAGAAAGAAACUGGCUAGGCAGUGGCCAGAAGGAAUUCUGCCUAAUGUCAUGAAAGAAUUGAAUCUGAUUAGCAACCAGCUCAAGGUCAUAAAAGUUACAGUGAGUGAUGAUUACAUAGCUGAAGUCACCCUUUUGGACCAUUGGAACAAUAAAAAAUGGCACACAGUGGACCUGCAGAAUCACAAAUGCUCUUGCAGGGAGUGGCAAGUUACUGGGAAGCCAUGUAGACAUGCUUUGGCCUGGAUAUUGUCCAAUAGGGGGAUCAAAAUUGAAGACUAUGUCCAUGAGUACUACUCAGUGGCUAGGUUCAAGAAAGCUUAUGAAGCCAGAGUUGAGGGAAUACCAGAUAGGUCCCAGUGGCCUCAAGUGGAUCUUGGUUUCAAAGUGCAUCCACCAUUGUUGGGCAGAGGACCAGGGAGGCCAAAGGUGCAAAGGAUUAGAGGGUGCAUGGAAAAAAGAACCACAAAGAAAAAGGUUAAAUGCAGCAGAUGCCGUGCACUAGGCCAUUUUGCAAAAACUUGCAAAGAGCCAGAGGUUGGUGAAGAUGGCGCAAAAGGGUUGAGCAGGAAUAAAAGGAAGAAGUGCACAGAAGAUGAUGCUAGCCCCUCCAACGUGAAGAAACAGAAGACUCAACAGAAAAAGAAGAAUUCUGUUAAGUCUGUGAUUUGGAUAUUUGAGACACAAGUGAUGUCAAAUAUUUAUGUCUAA